AUGGAUUCUAAUCAAUCUACACAGUUAACAAAACUAGUGAGUGAUCAAAGCAAAAUAUCUGGAUCAUCAUCAACAAAACUUAAAACUAUUUCAUCAGGAAAGCAAAAAUCAGGUCAUGCAAAAGGAAAAUCUUUAGGAAAAAAAGAUGACAAGAUAAAAUCCUUUUCAACUGAAACAACAAAAAUGGAUAAAUUCCAAGAAGUCGCAAGCAUUCAUCAGAUUCCUGUAGAAAAACAAUUAUCAGCUGCUGAACAAGACUAUCUUCAGGCUAAAUCUUAUCUUAUGACUGCAAGUUCAUUAACAAAUAUUAGUGUAUAUGACCAUCUAGUAGAACUUUUAAGAAAACUUUUAAGUGAAAAACCUAUUAAUGCAGUUGAUGCACUUGAAGAUAUAAGUGAAAAUAUAAAACUACGGCGUCUAUAUAGUAAAGGAGAAUAUAUUGAAUUACCAACUAAAAUUUUAAAAGUUGCUCAAUCUUAUUUACAGUUAUUAAUGAAAAUUACAAUUAAAAAUGAGGAUGAAUGUGGAAUUGGAUUAAGCCAAGAAGAAUAUUAUCACAUUUAUUUCUCUCUCAUUUUCUUGGCUAAGACCAGACCAAUUGAAAAUGUUCGGUUUUGGGGAAAAAUAUAUGGAAUGAUAAAUGAUUAUAUUAUUGUAGAAGCCACUUUGAAAAAUGAUGCGGAAUUAAGUGAUAUGGAAGACUUAAUGUUUAAAAUGAAAGAGCAAGAAGAAUUUCCCAAUAUCAAUUAUCCUGAUGAUUAUACUGGACCAAGAGAUCAGUAUGAAAAUUUGAUUCCUGUUCAAACAGGUGGUGAUUGUUCAGUAGAGUACCAAGAUACCACGGUAUUUGAUUAA